AUGGGCCAACUCAGAAGACCUUCCGGCUUGGGUCCGUACGCCAUGUUCCUGAGAUUGUUGCAACUUUGGUCCGAUAAGUACACUCCAAGCCAGGUUCUUUUUUUCACACUGUAUGAAUGGAAAGGAUUUAGGGUGCGUAAAAAAAUAAGAUUUGGAUAGGAAAAUUUCUUUUUGCCAUUGAAUAAGUCCGCUUGAGAGUGAAAAAGCUGGAUUCGACUCAAAAUUGCCAAAUUUUUGAAUCAAAAAAAUAUAAAAAAAUCAUCUAUUGUCACUUUUUUUAGCCGAUAUUUCACGCUUCUAUCAAGAUUAGAAGCUUUAAAGACGGUGAACAGAAAAAAAGAAAUAAUGGAAAUCAAAAUGAAUGAUCGAGAAAAGGCAAAAAAAUAAUAAUAAAUUUUUGGAUAAAACAUUUUUUUGGAAAACGAUUUUCCGUUCAAUGCUCACACCACAUUUUUUUGCGCGACUUUAAAAUUUUAUCAUUAGGUUGAUUUUCUUUUGAAAAAGAUCGGAAAUUAGUAAUUCGACGACCUUAAAUGUUCAAAAUAAAACAAAACUUUCGCUUUUUCAGGUAGAGGAAAAGGUUCAGAAGUUCUUCUACCGCUACCGAGUUAAUCGCCACAAAGCUACUGUUUCAACUCCUGGUUUCCUCAAAUUCCCCUUCUCUCUGUGAAGAUCCGAAUUUCCAGCAAUUCACCUCGAAAAGUACAGUCCCGAUGAUCAUCGCAACGACCACCGACCUUUCCUCUAUCCUGAUUUUUCGUUCCAGUUUGAGCGCAUCCGCGAAAAGGUUCUCUUUCAUUUUUGGGUUCUUUCAAACAACCAAUUUUUUCAGGUCGUCGAGUUGGAAUCGAAAUCUGCUUGA